AUGACAUCGAUAUUCUCACGAAAACGCGAUUUGGCGUAUCUGGUCUUCUUCCUCAUUCACAUACCUGUGAUGUUUUGCGUCGAUCUCGCACCUCUAUAUCCUGACUCGAUCCGACCAACAUUCAUCACCGAGCUGCGGAAAUUCUACAUCACAACCUUCCGCGAUCAAUUCUUCAUCGCACCGCCCGCAUGGUUUGACAUGUACAUCUGGAUGGAGUUUCUCUAUCACGUCCCAUUGAGCCUCUGGGCCAUUGGAGCGCUCUUGCGAGACGAUCCUAAAGUCCCAAUCCAUCUACUUGUCUACUCCGUUCAGACUGCUCUCACCACGGCGACGUGCAUUGCAGAAUAUCUCUCCUGGAGUGGUUACAGCAACAGCGAGAAGGUCGAGCUCGGCAAGCUUUACAUCCCAUACCUUGCAUUGGCCGUUCUCAUGGGACUCGAUAUGUUCCUGCGACUGAACAAGACCAUCGGGAAUUCGUCUUCAGCGCCUUUGCAGAAAAAGCAACAAUGA